AGAGAGUGCCGCUUGAACUUAAUCCAAGGCUGGAAGAAAUGGUGGAGUUCAGUGAAAUGGAAUUAGAGCCCAGUGAGACAGAAGAUUUUGAGGCAAGAGGAAGUCGCUUCUCCAAGUCGGCUGAUGAAAGACAGCGGAUGUUAGUUCAGCGAAAGGAAGACCUGUUACAGCAGGCUCGAAAGCAUUUUUUAAAUAAAACCUCUGAUGAGGACUCCGCCUCAGAGAGGCCUUCUAUGCCUGAGGGUGUUACCUCCGACCCUGUCACCCUGCGCCGCAGAACAUUAGCUGCUGCAGCUGAACGGAGACUUCAGAUGCAACAGAACUCCUAGCCCUCCCUGCCUCUUCCUACUUCUCGUGAGCAAAGUUAAAAGAAAAAAAAUAUCCUGUGCUCUUACUAGCAGGACGUGUCACUUCAAAGCUCAGCUAGCUGCGCUGAUGAGUGAGCUGGCUGCCUCUCUGCUGUAUAAAGCAUGUGGUCUUAAUAGUGUUUGGACAGCUGACAAAUUAACCUUUUUUGUAAUCUUUUUUUUGUGAUAUUUAUCCCCCCCGACAAGCAAAUGCAGUUUCUAAACCACGGGCAUGAUACCUGGUGCUAGCAUGAGGUGUAGGCCAACUGCAUGGCAGAGGUAGGGGAAAGACUACAUAUUCUAAAUUAACAGCUGUUUGAGAAUACUGGCAUGUUUAGCUUGAGGUCAUCCACAGGGAGUAUUACAGGAGGGAAAAGUGUUGAGAUUCGCAAUAAAUUCCCUAUUAGGUCAGCAGGCAUCCACUGCCAAGUUACACUUUUAACUCAUUCUUGAUAAGAGCAGUUACUUAAGCCUGCUUGCAGCCUGGCAGAAAGAAGUGAUAGCCUUAGAUGCUGGAAGUCAGGAGCAGUGCAGUCUAGCAUGUUGCUGGCAAUUUAGUUCAUAGUCUGGAUUGAUUAGCUACAUAACUUAAAUAUAACCUUGGGUUGUGUAGUGAGGCAUUGAUCACUUGUGUUGAUCCCAGUUUAAGUUAGUUUUACACUUUCUGGGCUUCUUUGCACUAAGCUAACUUCUGGCUCUGCUCACUCUCCAGGGCUGCAUUCUUUUUAUGCAUUUCAUUGCUAGCAACAGAAAUGGGAUUGAUGAGGAAAGUAUGAAAAAGGGGCAUGAAGCAAAUAAUUCAGUGUUACAGUAUGCCAGUGGAACACAGUUGAAAACUGAUAAGUUUGGUGACAUGCAGAGAAGGGUCUGUACAUGGAUGGAUGGAUGAGACUGCACUGAAGAGACUAGAGAUAGUUGUGGUGUCUUGCUUUUUAUUUUUUAACCCCACAUUAGAUAGUAAUACAUCCAUUAGCUUAACCAGACGUACAGAGAUGAGAAAAAUCAAGGCAGCUGGACCUUAGGGGAUGUCACCACAGUUAACCUAACAAUUUCCUUUAAUUUUUUUAAAGAACUUUUGACAUGAGACACAUUUGGAACCUAGGUCGCAUAGCUGAGUUUUACAUGACAGUGUUUUAAUUUUUAAAUGUUUGAGGAGUGAGUUCUAGUAUCAUUGUCUUUCAGAAGGCACCAAGUAUUAUCUAGAAUUACUGGUAACUUUUUUUUACUUCUGGUUUUUAGGACAUUUAAGGGUGAAUUGAAUGAAAGGAUGAAUCAUAUAAAUGCUUAGGUGAAGAUAAUUUAUUUCAUGAAAUCUCUUUGGAAAGCCUUACCUUGCAGUCCUAUUAGUAAACUUUAAAGACUUAUUUUUUGUGAUUUGGUUUUGCUCAGAGCACAGAUGUUUGUUUUUAUUGUUUAAAAAAAUAAAAAAUAAACUCUUGA